AUGCAGACUGUCAAUGGGCUGCUGGCCUUCCUUAUCUUGUGGCAUGGAGCCAAUGGGUUUUCCUCUACCGGCGCUCAUCGUCAUGUGUCCGCUGGAGCAUCGCGUCGCCUCCGGAACAACUCGCUCUCUCCGCUGCGCGUCACGUCGACGAAGACCGAGGAGGAGCUGAGGGAAAAGCUUGCUCGAAACAACGAGGACUUGAGCGAGGUGGACUCGAAGGUGCUGGAGAACUUCGGGGGACUGGAGGACGCACAGUUUCUCGCCGAGAUCAAGAAAGAGAGGCCCUAUUUUGCCGUCCUCGCCGAGAAGGCCUCUGAAACCGUCGACUCCAUCUUGAAGACCUCCAAGAGUGAAAGGCCGGACAGCUCGUCCUCGACUGGCGUACCCAAGCCGAGGGUGGUCGUUCUGGGAACGGGCUGGGCGGCCCACGCCCUCCUCAAGGAGAUCGACGCCAGCAAGUUUGAGGUCACGACGGUGUCGCCUCGAAAUUUCUUCCUCUUCACGCCGAUGCUGGCGGCAUCUGCGGUCGGGACGGUGGAGUACCGCUCGAUCACGGAGCCCAUCCGUAAGGUUAACCCCGAGGCCAACUACCUGGAGGCCACGUGCACGGGCAUUGACGUGGCCCAGAAAACCAUAACCUGCGAGAACGUGGUCUGUGAGGGUACCACUUGCACCAUAGAGGACUUCGAGUUGCCGUACGACUACCUGGUGGUGUCUGUCGGAGCCACUACCAACACCUUCAACACCCCGGGCGUCAUGGAGCACUGCAUCUUCCUAAAACAAGUCCAAGACGCUCAGAAGCUCAGAAAGGCGAUCGGCAACUGCUUCGAGCGAGCCAACCUGCCGACGGUGACAGAGGAGCAGAGGAUCGCCGCCCUCACCUUCGCCAUUGUGGGGGCCGGGCCCACCGGAGUGGAGUGCUGCGCAGAGCUGAGAGAUUUCAUCGAAGAGGAGGGGCCGCGAUUUUACCCGCACUUGCUCAAGUACGUCAGGAUCAAGCUCAUCGAAGCCAGCGACAAGGUUCUGUCGGUGUUCGACGGUGCCCUGCAGAAGGCGGCGGUCUCCAGCCUCACCGAGCGGUCCACCAAGCUUAUCGACGACGGCUUCAUCGAGACGGAGAUGACUGAGGUGCUGCUGAAGGUGGGCGUGAAGGCCGUCACUGGCACCCAGCUCGAGCUGUCCGACGGGUCCAACAUUCCGUACGGGCUCGCGGUCUGGGCGGCCGGAAACGGCCCGUUGCCCCUCGUGCUCGACCUCAUCCAGGGGGUGGAGGAGCAAAAGGAAAAGGCCGCGUGGGGCAGGGGGCGGCUGGUGACGGAUGACUGGCUUCGACUCCUCGGCGCCCCCUCUGUGUUCGCCUUGGGUGACUGCGCCGUUAUCAACGACAAACCUCUCCCGCAAACGGCACAGGUUGCUUCGCAGCAAGGGACGUACCUGGCGCGCCUCUUCUCUAGAGGGUUCGAGUUUUCCGCCACGGUACCGCAGAAGAACACCGACAACGAGGGAGUCGAAGCGGCUGCCGGGGGCUCCGCGGCAUCAUCCGACGGAUCAGACACCCCCCUCGGCGAGGACGGCGGAGAGAAGGUGCCUCUCUCCGAGAAGCUGGGACUGAGCAUCGUCAAGGGGAAGUUCGCCAAGCCCUUCCAGUUCCUCAACCUCGGCAUCCUUGCCUACACCGGCGCUGGCGGGGCGCUGGCCCAGGUCCAGGUUGGCAAGGAAUCGGUCAAGAGCACGGGGGCCACCGGCUACCUCCUGUGGCGAAGCAUUUACCUCAGCAAGCAGGUGUCCUGGCGGAACCGCUUGCUGGUGGGCACGGACUGGGUCAAGACCAAGAUAUUCGGCCGGGACAUCACCCGGCUCUAGAAAGAAGAAGAGGCUCGUGUAUACUCUAGUCUACGUGUAGAAAACGGUCUGUCCUAUCUAGACCACUCACGUUCUAGAACAUGGUGUGCUCAGAUUGAAUAUAGGCUGGUCUCGUGGAGGAGUCGUGCUAGGCUAGUUUGAAGUGCACGAGUCUUCCUGCUGAUUACAUAGACUCUGUUGUACUACUCUGUGUUGUUCCUUGAACAGGCAGCCUCUCACCGCGGAAGUUGCCGGUCCCCUUUCGGACGACAUAACGCAAUUAUUUUUGGGCUCCAUUCCCGAUUGUUGGGCCAUUUGUUCCCGUACACCGUAAACACGUUGCUAUGUGGCUUGUGGCCUUUCCUUGCUCCCCAACACAUGAGAACCAAUGGAGUUGGGUUGCGAAGCGACGUGCAUGUGCCGGCCGGGUGAUGUCGCCACUCGCGAAAAGUAAUACCGCUGUGAAGGUACGCAGCAAA